AUCAAUAAUACACAAGAAAGCACUAAAGUUGCAAAGAAUCAUGGUCAUACUAUCAAUGAGCGCUGCUCAGAAUCUCGCCGCGAUACGUCAGAUGACCUCGGGAUCGAAGGAAGGUAGAAAGAGCAAAAGUAUAUCAUUAUGGAAGACAGUCAAGUUGUUUUUCAUGCCAACACGGGCUGUGCGUUCGAAAAAGGUGGACUACGGGCCGAAGACUCACUCCGAAGGGUUCAGAACGAAUAACAAUUGCUAUGUGAUGGUACCAAUACUGGAGGGAGACAAUGGUAAUUUGGGCUGGGCGCAAGUAGGAACUUGGUAUGGAGAAUACAGCGGUAUUGUUUUACAAAGGAUGAUUGUGGAGCGGAAUGAUUUUGAGUCACCACAUAUUUGGCACGUUGACUCGGGUAUCCCUAUGGAUCUGGUUUUUAGUCAUCUUACGGAAGAGUGUUUAGCUGGAUAUAAAGCGCUCUCUCCUGACUUUACUGUGGAAGAGUUUCUGACGAAAUGGAGUGACGAAUUCAAACCGGACAGCGUUCAAUGCAUCAACAAAUAUCAACUUCUGGCUAAGAUGGGAAGCUCUCGACACAACGGCAACGAGUCAAUAAAAGGUAGAUUAUCUUUAGACUCGGCGGAACGAAAGAAAACUUCGGAUUUGGGACAGGAGAAGAAGCAAGGGGAAUCUACUAUGGUCGCGCCACAAAUAAUUCAGCCAGAAAAGGCACUUGUAAGUAAUACCGGGAGCCAAAUCAAACAACGAGUAAUUGUUAAGUUGUUGAAGAAAGGAGAGGACACAAAAGGCAUUGUCGUGAAGGGGAGUAUGGCAAGUGAACACGGAAUGUCAUGUGAUGAUAGUGAAACGAGCAGCAAUAGUACUGAUGGGGUAAAUAGCUGGUUAGCUAGUACCGCCUAUUGUCAACCCGUGGACAAAAGGCGAGUUGGAACCUUUGAAACGACAUUUCACGAGGUUCAACGGGAGGGUCUUUCUGCCAAUAACCGGAAUUAUACUGUUCCCGUAGCUAUUGCUGAUACGGGUGUCAACAAAUUUAUACAAAUGAACAAUCAUGCUUACAAGGCAAAGAACAUCGCUUCCUGUGGGGAUUAUGCGACACAGAGCGGAUAUAUUAAUCAGUCUGCAAAUCUAAUGGUUCUCAUUCCCUAUCUGGAAAGAAGUUAGUUUUAGUUGUUGCGACGACAGGAAACACUCACCACCAGGCGACGCGUGAGGAUAACGAUACGGAACUACAGAUUUUAACCAGGGACCGAAAUAAUUUUAAACCUAAUUUGAAUCUUACCAGAUUCGCGUUUGCAGGAGUACGCAGGAGAAACUAAUUAACAAUAUAUCAUGAUUAGUAAAACUUAUUUAGAUUCAAUUUUCAGAUUCA